AUGCAGAUGGUGCUGGAGGAACGGGACCUAUGGGAGGUCGUCAGCGGUGAGAUCAAGGCGGAACAGUGCGAGACUCAGUUGGACCAAGCGACGUACAAGAGGAAGUCAAGAAAGGCGAUGGCAGUGAUCUGUCUAGCCAUGGAAGAUUCCCAGCUACCGUUGGUCCGGUCGGCAAGUGGUGCAUGCGACGCAUGGUCAAGGUUGGAAGACCACUUCGAGAAGAAGAGUCUUGCCAACAAGCUGUGCUUGCGCCGUCGCUUCUUCACGACAAUGAUGGAAGAAGGCGACGAUGUGCUCGAACACAUCAACAAGCUCAAGACGCUGGCGGAACAGCUAGAAGCGGUGGGGGCUCCAGUCUGCGAGGACGAUCUGGUGAUCACACUCCUCGGCAGCCUGAGUGACUCGUAUCAAUUCUUGAUCACAGCUUUGGAGUCGCGCUCAGACACUCUUAGCUGGGAGCUCGUGGCGUCUCGACUGCUUCAUGAAGAAAUGAAGCGGAAGGAGCAAGGAAGUAAAGGUGAUGAAGCUUCGCAAGGUCAAGCGUUCAUCACAAGGGACAAUCAGCGCAAAGGGCGACCAGUGAAGAAGUCCUGGCCGUGCCACAAUUGCGGAAAGAUUGGUCACUGGAUGGCGGAGUGCCCCUCGCGCAUCCAAGAAAACACGGAGAGACACCGGCCACAGCGUGCUCAAGACAGCGGCGACCGCUAUCGAUCACAACGUGCAAACGUCGCUCAAGAAGAAGACUCGGGCGACUACCUCUUUUCGAUCGGUGAAACGACAUCUGCGAAAUCGAGCGACAUCUGGCUGGUCGACUCCGGGGCGACGCAGCACAUGACGUGCUCCAAGAAGUUCAUGCGGAACUACAAGGGGUUUGACGCUGUGGAUGUCCAUCUCGCGGAUGAUGGAAUCGUCCAAGCAAUCGGCAGUGGGGACAUUGUCAUGUCGAUGAAGACACCCCAAGGGAUGAAGAAAGGUGUGCUCACAAACGUGUGGCACAUCCCAAAGUUAUCCAGAAACCUGUUCUCGGUCGGCCGCUUCACCAAGGAUGUCGGCCCAGUGACGUUCACGAAGGAUGGGUGCUAUGGAGAAGCGAAAGGGACCAAGUGGAAAAUUGGUGCCCGUGAAGUGGCGCCGGAACAAGCAAAUGCAGCCAAGUCGUCGGGAUGUCAAGGGGGCACCAAGUCGUACCUCUGGCACCUUCGGCUUGGCCACAUAGGUCACGAUGGACUCAAUUGCAUCGUGACGAAGAACAUUGGAAUUGGCAUCGACAUAUCUUCGGUGAAGAAGUGGGACGUGUGUGAAGGUUGUGCUCUGGGAAAACAGACUCGAGUGCGCUUCCAAUCAAACACUACAGCUCGCACCUCCAAACUCCUCGAAGUGAUUCACAGCGACGUAUGCGGACCGAUGUCGAUGGCAACUUUCAGUGGAAAACGGUACUUCGUGACAUUCAUUGAUGACAAGUCAAGAUACUGUGUCGUCUAUCUGCUCAAGAGCAAAUCUGAAGUUGCGGCGAAGUUCAUGGAAUACGCUGCGAUGGCCGAAACGCAAACCGGAAAGCGCGUGAAGUACCUUCAAAGCGACAAUGGGGGUGAAUACAAGUCCGACAAGCUGGCACGAUUCUGCGCGGAACGGGGAAUACAACAAAGGUUCACACCCCCAUAUACUCCUCAGCUAAACGGAGUAGCUGAGAGAAUGAAUCGCACGCUGGUCGAGUGUGCGCGUUGCAUGAUGGAACACGCUGGACUGGGAAAGAGCUACUGGGGUGAAGCAGUGAUGACGGCGAUGUUUCUUCGAAACCGCUGUCCAACACGUGCCAUUCACCAAGACAAGUCUCCAUAUCAAGUGUGGACGAUGAAGAAACCGAUUCUGGCCAACCUUAAAGUGUUUGGAUGCCACGCGUAUGUUCAAGUGCCUCAAGACAAACGCGCGAAGUUCGACUCCAAGUCAUCACUCUGUCGUUUCCUGGGAUACGCCGAACACCAGAAGUCAUAUCGAUUUGAGGAAGUGUCAACAGGAGCGAUCAAGAUCAGUCGCGAUGCCACAUUCAUGGAAGACAAGUUUGAUGAAGGUCCGCGCAACUACAACGAUGAGUCAAGUGUCGUUGAGUUUGAUGAUCAUGAUGAGGACGAACAAAAAGAAGAAGGUAAAACUGACGACGACAUGGACUCGAGCGACGAUGACAACGAAGACACCAGGUCUUCGAAGAGCAACAUCAAGAGACACACGCGCACUCAAUCACUUGAGAAAGCUACCGUCAUUCCAAGUCCCAAGCGAAGAACAUACAGAGGUCCGUCGCUUGAGCAUGUUUCAGCGGCUGCAAUGGAUUUUGAAGCAGCCUACAUCGUUGAUUCAGUGGGGGAAACGCCGACUACAUUCAAGUCGGCGAUGGAAUCAAGCGACUCCGGCAAGUGGAAAGAAGCGUGUGACUCGGAGUUCGAUUCGCUUCAGAGAAACGACACGUGGGAAAUCGUGCCUCUUCCGAAAGGUCGCAAGGCCAUCGGGUGCCGAUGGGUUUUUCGUGUAAAGGAGAAUCAAGAUGGCGAAGUUGAACGUUUCAAGGCAAGACUUGUGGCCAAAGGAUUCUCACAGAAAUUCGGAGUUGACUAUGAAGAAACUUUCGCACCGGUGGCCAAGUUCACAUCGAUUCGUGUGGUGCUCAGUAUGGCGGCCAAGUACGGCCUAAUGCUACAUCAGAUGGACGUCAAGACAGCGUUUCUUAACGGCUCCCUCAACGAAGACAUCUACAUGGACCAGCCGGACGGAUACCUGGAUGCAACACAGCCGGACUAUGUGUGCAAGCUAAAGAGAUCACUCUACGGCUUGAAGCAAUCGCCUCGCAUGUGGAACCAAACAAUCGAUGGGUUCAUGUGUUGA